GCAUCGACUCAUUCAGGUUCAGCAGAUGAAUACAAGACGGCCGACGACUCCGUCCCACGUCAGAAGGCAAGGAGGUGUUCUCUCACACAGUCUCGAUUCUGAUCGGUUCCGCAGGCAAUCGAUCUGUUUAGUAUCAACAGGCUGGAGAAGGGAGAUGUUUCACUGACGUAUUAUUUCUACUGACAACACGCAUCGCUGUUCACCUUCCACCACCACCACCACCACCUGUCCUCGCUAUUUGGAAGCGACCUUCGUCUUUUCAGUUCCUGUGGUAGAACUGACCGUUUGCAUGAAACUGUUGCCAGAUACGAUCAGUGUGAGCCACUACACCGCCUCUCUGAAGGAGCGCUGGACGUGUACUGGGAGCCCCCCGGAGCUGGACCCCUCGACCACGCCCGCCCCCGCCGACCCCCCCUCUAGCCCCGCCCCGCCGGCCACGGCCACGCCCCCCGGGCUGCGGCGCGCCAUGUCGCUGGGCUCCUUCCACCUCAUGCAGACGCUGAAGAACUCCCCGGCCGCGCUGCGCCGCCGCUUCGGCCGUGACCGCACGGAGACGCUGUCCCACGGCGACCCGCUCUUCAAGGUGCACUACCUGGGCACGGAGAAGAUCUUCUCCCUGGACCGCGGGCAGGCGCAGGAUGCCAUCGGCCGGCUGCUGGAGGCCGGCGCCAGCGGCAGGAAGCUGGCCAAGGAGCACGCGCUGGUGGUGCGGCCGCGCUACGUGGAGGUGAAGGAGCUGAGCACGGGCCGCCAGCUCACCAAGACCUACCUGCAGGACAUCGCGUACUGCGCCGCCGACGCCACGCGGCCCAACGUCUUCCUCUACAUCUGCAAGCAGCCGGGCCAGCAGCUGCACUGCCGCGUGUUCUGGUGCAGCCGCGCCGAGCGCGCCCGCGACAUGACCGCCUGCCUGGCGCACUCCUUCCAGCGGGCGCUGAGCGACUGGCAGCAGGACGGGCCCGCCCCCGUCCAGCUGCCCCCGGGGCCGGGGGGGGAGGGGCCGAAGGGGGACGAGACGCAAGGCAGCCCCGGCGUCCGGAGCAAGAGCAGCACGCUGCCCGCCAGCCUGGGGAAAGUGCACUGGAGGAAGAGGGGCUCGGUGUCCCGCAGCCCGCUGAGAGCCAUCACCCGGCGGGGGUCCGCCUCGGAGACCUGGAACUGAACCCCGACGACCCCCGCCCAGAAGACCCCCGCCCAGAAGACCCCCGCCCAGCCUCUCACAGCACGGACAGAUUAUAGGGGAUGGAGGGGUGGGGGGGGGGGGGUUGGAGAAGGACAAACCAACGGACGGACGGACGGAUGGACAGAGAGAGAGACAGACGGACGGACAGACGGACGGACACAGGGUGUGAUCUGAGGGCCGGUGUUCCAUGUUGGAGUGGGAGCCCCAACGCUGCUGAAGCUAUGAUUUUAUUUUGUGUCUUCACACAAAGUGAACUCUCCCGUCGGGGCCGGGCCCUCGCUGGACCCCACGCGUUCCCUCCGCGCCACAAAAUGGCCGCACGUGAGGUCACAUGACCCCGGCCAGGAACCACCCGCACACGACCGACUUUGAGCCCCUCAGAAACAGGAACCGCCGGUGAAAGGGCGCCUCGCUGCGAGGGCGUCGGGAGCUGAUGCUUUCCUCCAGACGGACUGUUUGUUUAUCUUCGACAUCGGACGGCUGGACAUCGACUUGCCGACGGUUGAAUGGACGCCUCAGAUCAACAGGGAUACGACAAAAACCACUGGCCUCCGUCAGAACUAUACCACAACGAGACCGCGGGGACGGAGACGGUUUGCUGAACCUUUAUGCUGCCAUGACAACCGGGACAUGCCGGGUUAUAUAUAAAUGUAUAAAUAUCUAUUUUUAUUUAAAUUAUUUUUCAGACAUGACGAUGAUGACAAAGGUGUGUGUGUGUGUGUGUGUGUGUGUGUGUGUGUGUGUGUGUGUGUGUGUGUGUGUGUGUGUGUGUGUGUGUGUGUGUGUGUGUGUGUGUGUGUGUGUGUGUGUGUGUGUGUGUGUGUUCGCGCAACAUUCCCCAGUUAAGACAUCGCUCUAGAUAAGUUACCCCAUAACCAAUCGUGACGCACAGAAACACAGAAAUGUUGUCACACCUGUUUCGAGCACUUUGAAUCACUUAAUCACUUCAUCGUAAUUCAUUUCCAAAGGCUGCAGCUUUUCAAAAGGCUCAUCCACAAAUAUGCACCAUUAUUCCUUCCUCCAUGUUUGAAUCUCGUUAUCGGAGGAGUUCUGCCUUCCUCUCCCGUUCAUCAGUUAACUCUGCUGUGGUUAACUGGGGCGGACAUAUCGGGUGUUUCUGCUUAGUCACUUUCACACUCAACCCGGUGAAUAUUGAACUCCCUUCAGCCUGUGUGUGUGUGUUGUGUGUGUGUGUGUGUGUGUGUGUGUGUGUGUGUGUGUGUGUGUGUGUGUGUGUGUGUGUGUGUGUGUGUGUGUGUGUGUGUGUGUGUGUGUGUGUGUGUGUGUGUGUGUGUGUGUGUGUGUGUGUGUGUGUGGAACACUAGGACCUCACUGUUCCCACGGUUACCUCUGAAUGUUGGGGGUGAAUGUUGAUCAGGAAUCUUCUGGAAGAUUCUUGUCAGCAUGCACCUUUUACGGCCUAGAUGGUCUUCAGGACCGCUCCCAUCAUGUGUUUGGGGACUGAAGCUAUUCCCAGUACACUCUAGGCCUCCCCAGUAUCUUCUCCAGUAUAGCCUGUGGUGUCUGAAACCCUUGGUGCUAAGAACAAGGGGUUGGUCAACUAAACUGAGCCAACACUGAUGACCCACGGUCUGAAGAGCCAUUCCAUGUAAGUUCGGAGUUGCCUCCUUCAUUUUGUUAACCUUUUUUUGAAGUCAUAAAAUGUCUUCACAAAGGCUGGCAGAGAAACUCCCGGUAGGAUACUGCGGUUUUUAUUUUAAAUAUAUAUAUUUUUUAAUGCUCCUUACCGACGUUUAUCGCUUUUAUUUUGUAAAUAGUGUGUAUAUCUCACACUUCGCAAGUGCCAUCGUUUGAGAUUCUAUUUGAAUGUAAAAAGUACUGUUUUAUACGUCUUAUGUACAUAUUUAAAUAUGUAUUUUAUUGAAUAAUAAACUUUUUAUACUUAACAUCGCAUGUGUAUUUUGGUGUGUGUCUCUCUCUGACCUUUGUUGACCUUGACCCUGAAGGUCAAAGUGUGGAGCAGAGUUUGUAAACGGUAAACAAGAUGAUAAACGACAUGGACGUGACAAACUGGACUCCAGAAUCUAUUUUCGGACUCAGAUGUUAUCAUUACGUUUUAUUUGGCUUCAGGAAAACAAAAUGUGUGUUUAAAGGAAGGGAAGGUUUAGACGGUCGCGCAGAACCCCAGGAGGUCCUGGGAUUCCUGUCAUGUGACCGAUUAUUCCCCAGAAUGCUUGAUUCUCCCUUUAAACCUUUUUCAAAGCAUGUGACGCAUGCAUGUAACACAAAUCUGAAUUUGACUGCAUAAUCGUAGACAAAAAACGACGUUAAUCAGGUUAAACAGUGCGGGAAAGGCUCUUCUACAGUCAUCAGAGCUGGAGUGGGGACGGCUGGACGCUGAAGGACUGAUGCAUUGUGGGAGGGCUGAGGGGUCCGGCGCCGGUUCUGGACUUCUGCCACUCCAGUAAGGACUGGACGUGGAGACGCCUCAGCGGCUUCACCUCCUCCACCACUGUGGAGGACGGGUUCGUCAGAGGAUCAGGCUCAAUGGAAGCUACAGUGGACACCCGUAAUGU